AUAUGCACAAAUUGUGGAGCAUCUUGGCAAGGUUCAUUUUUUGAUGGAGCCAUUUUGCGUGGUAUUGAAACGCACCCUGUCGUCCUCUCAUCCACUUCAUCAAAUUUUAAAGUAUCACUGCAGGGACGUGACAGUCCCAAAUACAAUUGGUGCUCCAAAACUUGUUGGCGAAGGAGAGUUUAUGGAUCAGCUGUUCGCAUUUGGAAAUGAAGGAACCACCCGACUUCUUAGAGAAGCACAUAAAUUAAGCACAUGGGAUGUCACAGAUUUUAGAAACGAAAUAAAGGUGACCCGCAUUAUCUCACAACUGAGCGUCCAACACGCUGCUGUAAACUAUCCCUUGACAGACUACGGUCUGUACACUCCCAACCUACCAACCAAACUGUACAACGAUACCAGGGCUUUCGCUGUUCCGCUUUGACUCCUUGUUUGACUACGGCAACGAACUUCUUGAUCCUGAGGCCGUCAAACUCGUCAAUGGUUAUUACACUUACCUCAUGAAUGUUAUUCAGCCUCAAAUGCAAGAAAAGAACCGAAAGAGGAAGGAAGAUAAUUAUUUGACCUAUCCGUACUUGAUUCCAAGAUGGCUGCCAAAUGGAAUUCAAACCUGAUCCACCGCAUUCUCAAAAACGAACUUUCCUUACACUUUCUUUUUCACUUGACGUAGCUUUAGAAAGUACUACACAUGCAUUAUUUGUUACAUUAGUAAUUAGUUCAAGUUUUUAAAACUGGGGAGCUUUCGUGCAUUUAACCGACCUCUGCCACAUUCUAUGUGGCUUUACCUGCAUCAAUAAAAUUGUUUUAAGGAUUUGAUGGAGCCAGCUGUGAAAUUACACACACCAGCCGGCUUAUUACUUAAAAGUAGCUGUAUUUAGAUAUUCAUUGAUUUCUUAAAGUGUUAUAAGCGUGUUUUCUUUUUCAUACGGCCAGCAGUGUGCAAGGGAAGUUACUUUCUUUACUUUAUAUUUCAAUUGCACUGUUUGCAACUAGUGUAGCAUAAGAGAUUAAACAUUUUCUUUUCGCGAUGAA